AUGUCCUGGCUUGUCCCCUCUCUGCCCACAUGGGCUCGAGCCACCCCCGCUUCAACUUCGACCUCUAAUUCUCCUUCCGACAAUGAGCAAGAAGAAGAAGAUAUAGAUGCACCACCACCUUUUCCACUCCUCAACUCGCAUCAGAGAUCCUCUGUACCAGCUCCAGCUCCAUCAUUCUCAGUAGCUCCUCCAUCACCUAAGAAAGCUACAAAUGACGAUGACGAGCCCCCAUCCGAUCUUAAUAUAGCUAUAUCCGAUUCACCCCUUGGUAAUAUGGCUCCUCCUCCUUCUACGGUCAAAAAGCCGAAUUUUGGUAUACAGAAAGGUGGACAGGACUCUUCUGCUGUCGAGGAAAUGGCAAAGAAGACACAGAUGAAGACGAAGAAGAGGUCGAAGGUCGCUUUGACUCCUGGGCAUAGUGCUUUGGAUUGGGCUAGGUUGACGAGUAGUGGAGAGGAUUUGAGAGGUGUACAAGGAUUUCUGCGAGUUACGUUGGCCGAGUUGAAAGAGCACAAUACACCUGACGAUGCAUGGUCAGUAUUUAACGGAAUGGUAUAUAACAUCACACCGUAUCUGCCUUUUCAUCCGGGUGGUGAAGAUGAAUUAAUGCGAGUGGCGGGAAGGGACGGUACGAAGUUGUUUAUGCUCACUCAUUCUUGGGUGAAUCUCGAUUUCAUGCUGAAAGAAUGUAUGGUCGGUGUGUUAGUAAGGGGUUGA